UGUCGUACUCUUUCACUGUGGGACGUGUUUACACUCUGGAUGGAAACAUGUCCGGGGACCGGAUCACCUUCUUGCCGACGGACCUGUCGGAGAUGGAGACUCUGCGGAUAUUCGUGAACCAGCGGCUCCUGGCGGUGGUCGAAGACAUCGUGGCGGUGUUCGGUAGAACCGUGGCCCGGUACCGGGAGCAGAUCGACCGCCAGCAGCAGCAGCUUGACGGACUGAAGUCCGAGGAGGGCGCAUGGAUCUGGGCAGCAGACCCUCAGUGCGCCCCCUCAUGGAUCAGAGCGUGUCCUGACCAGCAGCUGGGACAGCUGGUUCAGACCGAUGGUGCUGAGGAGGGGGGCCCCGAGCCUCAGGCCCGCUCAUUGAAUGUGAAGCUGAAGGUAACAUCUGGAGCGCCCAGAGAACCUGAAGCCCCCCCUCCACAGAGACGCGUCAUUCCACUGCAAUGUCUGCGGACAGAGCUUCGGCAGGAGGGCGACACUAGUGCUGCUGGUACUGUGGCCGCACUUCUGUUGAGAAGGGAAACCUGACGGUGCAGCUGUACUGUGUCAGAGGAGAGGCCUCAGCCCGACAUGAACCUUGACAUGUGACAUGUGUCACAGCUCUGAACAUGGAGAAGCUGACAAUAUCAAAAUGGAGAAAGGGAAUAAUAUUUUAAAUGCACAAACAUUAUUUUAAAAGACAACAUUUGAGAGUGAACAUUUUGUCAUGUUUAAAAAUAAAGAUAGAAUCAGUUACUGCAGUUUUAAAUACUUUUACUUCAAAGUUCAGAGAACUUCACCAUUCAUCAUUUAACAAUAAAAAAUAUGAAAACACUCUGCCACUGAUGCAGUUUAACAUCUAUCAUCAAUGAAACAUGCACAUAAAACAGCUCAUCUUUAAUUCCAUGAAACUUAGCACAUUAUUAUAUUAAUAUAUAUCAUAGUAAAAAAAGACGUUGUGAUGUAGCAGCUCUGCUCCUCCAGCAGGAGGCAGUGGCGUAUACCAGCUGCACACUGAGCAUGCGCAGGGACAUGAACCCGGAAGUGUGAGAGGUAAACAUGUCGAAGAUCCAGAUGUUGCAGCUGCUCAUCACGCAGCGACUCAGCGCGGCCGCGGAGGAAAUCUUCCGAGUGUUCGGGAGAACCAUCGCGGAGUACGAGGAGGAGAUCUCCCGCUCCAAGCUGGAGAUCGACCGCCAGAGGAGGCUGCUGGAUCUGAGCAGGAAGCCCCGGGUCGCGGUGCAGCUCAGCGGCGGAGCUCUUUGUGAGCAGCAGGACUGGAGGUUCAGUGUCGACCUGAACGAGAUGAAGUCUCCUCAGAUCAAAGAGGAGGACGAGGAGUCGUGGUCCACUCAGCAGGAGGAGACGCAGCAGACGAUGGAGCAGAAUGACGUGAAGCUGUUCCAGAGUGACGGAACCGAGGAGGAGGUCAACAACCACACGACUUCGUCAAUGUUCCAGAGACAGGAGGAGGAGGAGGAGGAGGAGGAGGAGGAGGACCCUCGGCCAGGGACGUCAGUAGAGGACGAAAAUCUGAGCUUGACUCAGCCGGAGCUGGACGCUCCUCUGUCUGAGGUGGUGGACUCGUACAUCUGCACCAUCUGUGGCCGUGCGUUCGCUCAGCGCGGCCACUGGGCCAAACACGUGCAGGUGCACCGGAACGUCGAGAGCAAAGUGGACAAGUCGUACACGUGUGACAUUUGCGGGAAGAGGCUAACGCGGUUCGACGGUUAUCAGAAGCACCUGAGGAUCCACACGGGCGAGAAGCCGUACUGCUGCGACGAGUGCGGCCGCAGGUUCAGCGACAACUCCAACUACAAGCGACACAUUCGCACACACGCUGGAGCGAUUCAGAAGAGAAGCCUUUAUUCAAACCUGGAGACUGAAAACUGAACAUCUCAUCAUUUCUCCUCUUUAAUCAGUGUGGACCGCGUUGGACGUGUAUAUAAGUUUUAUAUAUUUAUUAACAUGGACCAAGACACAGAUUCUUAUUUUUAUAACAGAUAUAAUUAAACAUUAAAACAUUCUCA